AAAUGGUUAGUGCUCUUUAUAGGUAUCAAAACCUGCGAAUUCACACGCAACAUUCAGGCAGAUAAAUUACGUGCGCAACAACAACUAGAGGCGUUACAGGCUAGAUAUGUUGGUACAGGCCAUGCAGACACCACAAAAUUUGAGUGGACAUCAAAUAUUCAACGCGAUAGCCGUGCUAGUUACAUUGGACAUCCACCGAUGUUGAGUUACAUGGCAAUUGGCCUUGGAGAGUGUCGCGAAAAAGUUAGAGCUCAGAUAGUUGAGAAAAUGAUACAGCCUGUGGGAAAGCCACCUGAGGUACAGGAUUAA